AUGGAGAAAAUUAUAGCACCAACUCAGGCAACUUUUGUUCCAAUAAGAUACAUAAAUGAUAAUAUUAUCAUAGCUCAUGAAUUGAUACACACUAUGAAGAAAACAAGAAGCAAGAAAGGCAUGUUAGCUCUCAAACUUGAUAUGUCAAAGGCGUUUGAUAGAAUUGAGUGGCCUUUUGUUGAUAAAAUGCUUGAUUCAAUGGGUUUAUGCACAGAUUGGAGAAUGCUCAUUCAUCAAUAUGAUUGUCUCCUCUUUUUGCAAGUUGAUGAUAAAACUAUUACUAAUGUGUUGAACAUUCUAGAUAACUUUGGAAAACUCUCAGGGCAAAUGAUCAAUUUUUCAAAAGCAGCAGCUUUUAUAGCAGGUGAUGUCACUGAUGAAAGGAAGAAUCAAAUAAAAAUCAAAUUGGGAGUUAAAGAGCUGACUACCUCAGAUAAAUACCUAGGUCUACCAAUUUUACUAGGUAAAUCAAAAUCAAUCUCCUUUGCUAGUCUUUUUGAUGCUUUUGCAAACAGAUUACAAGGAUGGAAUCCAAAAACUUUAAAUCAAGCAGCAAGAACUACUUUACUUAAAGCUGUGCUUAAUACAAUCUCAUCUCAUUACAUGGGAAACUUUAAAAUUCCAUACUGUGUUAUUAAGAAGCUUGAUUCAAUACAAAGGAGAUUUUGGUGGGGGAACAAAACUAAUAAAGGUAUUAACUUUAUUGCAUGGAAGUCCUUCAACAAAUCUAAAAGUGAAGGUGGUCUAGCCUUUCGGGACUUAGAACAGUUUAAUAAUGCUUUAAUCACCAAAUUAGCUUGGAGAUUACGCACUGAGCCUGAUCAGCUUUGGGUAAAAGUAUUAAAACCAAAAUACGCUCCUUACUGUGACUUUCUACUUCUGCAAGAGGAUUACAACAACUCUUCUUAG